AUGUUCCUGCCGCGCGCGGUAGCGCGUCCGUCGGGUUCGUCCGCCAAAUCCCGCGCGACUCUCCCACAGCGGCACUCGCGCAGUCCGCCUUCAGAUGCUCCCGCCAUCAGCGGAGAGGUUAUGCGCAGGAGCGGGGAUUCCGCGUGUGCCAUAGCUGCACCGGUUGGCGGAAAAGCGGGGGGCAGGGAGAGAGGGGGAGACGGAAGUAGCGUUGGGGGUCAUGCAAGAGCGAAAGAGGAAGGGAAGGAGAGCGGGAAGAGAGAGGAAGGGAAAGAGUGCGGGAUACGAGAGGAAAAGAAAGAAAGAGGGUCGAGAGAGGAACCUCGGAGAGAGGAAGAAGAGGAAUUGAGAGGCGCGAAAGGGGUAGAGGCGGAAACGAGAACGGGCACGGAAGGGGAGAAGGAAGAGGCGGAGAAGGCGGAGAAGGCGGAGCAGGACGAGCGGGGAGCGGAGGCGGAGAACGAAGCAACAGUCAACGAAGGGACGGACGAAAAAGAGGAAGGGAAAGAGCAGGAAAAUGAGGGGGAAGAAGAGAGUGAGGAGGAGGAGGAAGAGGAGGUGAAGGAGAGGAGCGUGCAGCAGAGAGCAGCAGAGCCGGGGGAGCCGGUGUGCGCGGUGUGCGGGAGAUACGGGGAGUACGUGUGUGAUGCAACGAACCUGGACGUGUGCAGCCGCGAGUGCAAGGCGGCGUGUGUUGCGGGGGAUGUGCCACGUGUCAGAGGGAGGGAGGCGCGGGGUGGCGAAGAGGGGAGGGUGGGCGGAGGAGGAGAGAGGUGCGGGAAGGUGGGAGGGGAAGCUGAGGGGCAGGGAGUGAGGGAGAAGGAGCUUGGAAAGGGGAGUGAGGGAGGAAUUGAAGAGGAGGAAGAGGAGCAGGAGGAGGAGGAAGAGGAAGAGGAGGAAUGGGAGGCGGAAGAAGAGGAUGAGGACGAGGAGUAUACAACCCUAGACAUGAGCAACAGCACUGAGACGUCUCUUGAUGUGAUACAAAGCAGCAUGUCUGCAGCAAUAGCAGCAGAAAUCCGUGCAAGGGAGGGCAUAACCGUGCACGGAGAACCCCCAAUUUCUCCACCUAUCCUCGACUUUGCCGCACUGACACAGCUCGGAUUCAGUGCAGUCAACAACACAGUCAACGCAGUCAACGCACUCAACGCAGCCAUGGAAAUUAUCCUGCGCAACCUGCAGCAGCGCAUGGGUGUGCACACGCCCACGCCCAUCCAGAUGCAAGCCAUCCCAGCCAUCCUCUCCCGCAGAGACGCCCUCCUCUCCUCCCCCACCGGCUCUGGCAAAUCCCUCUCCUUCCUCCUGCCUCUGCUCGCCCUCGCCCUCCUCCCCCUCCCACACAUAACCGGUCCCGGUCCCCGCGUCACGCCUAGACCCGUCUCCUCGCCUGUUCCGCACCCUCUGCUCUCUCUGCACUCGGCAAAGCUCACUCAUCCCGUCUACCCUCCUGCCCCACACCCUGUGAAGCGGAGGCGGGGGCGUGGGAGGAGAAUGGGAGGCGUGGUGGCGGUGGUGCUGGUGCCGUCACGGGAGCUAGCAGUGCAGCACCACGAGAGCAUUAAGAACCUGCUGAGGGGAGGUGCAGCAGAGAGUUUUCCCGCGUCUCUUGAGACGUCUCGAAAGGCAGUGCAGCACCACGAGAGUAUCAAGAACCUGCUGAGGGGAGGUGCAGCAGAUACUAGGUGUGCAGCAGAGGUUAACUGUGAGUUGGGAGGGCGGGAUGGCCGCAAACUGGGAGGAAGUGCAGCAGGCACCAUGCGGUCAGGUGUGGUUCGGUCUGAUGCGGUUCGGACAGGUGCUGUGCGGUCAGUGCUGCUGGUUGGGGGCGAGUCCACAGAGGUGCAGAUGGGGCGGCUGUGGCGGGGAGUGGCAGGCGAGUGGAGUGUGGGAACAAGGGAGGGGGGUGAGGGAGCGGGGUUGCUGGGCGCUGGGGGGAGGAAGAGGAGAAGAGCGGAAGUAUGGGAAGAAGUGUGGAGUGGAGAGAGUCUAGGGGUAAAGGGAGGGGAUGGAGGGAGCAAAGCAGGGGAAGAGGGGAAGGGAGAGGUUGGAGUGGGAGGUGGUGGUGGGCGCGGAGGAGUUGAGCGGGGUUGUGCGGUGGUGGUGGUGGUGGCAACGCCAGGCCGGUUGAUAGAGCUGUUUAAACACAUGAAGAAGGGGCUUAGAGAAGGAGACGCUGCUGCUGGUGCUGCUAGUGGUGGUGCCGCUGGUGCUGCUUCUGGUGAUGGUGGCUCCGCUGCUGCUGGUGCUGGUGCUGGUGCUGCUGCUGGUGCUGCUGCUGGUGCUGGUGCUGCUGCUGGUGCUGCUGCUGGUGCUGCUGCUGGUGCUGCUGCUGGUGCUGGUGCUGGUGCUGGUGGUGCUGCUGGUGGUGCAGCUGGUGGCAUCAAAGAGGGAGCGGAGAGCGGCAGACAGGGCGAGCUUGCAGUGGCAGGGAGAGGGAAGGUGGUGGUUGGGUGGCGGGCGUUGUGGCGCGCGCUGAGACUCGUGGUGGUGGAUGAAGUGGAUGCCAUGGUGCAGCGUGAGUUCGCCCAGCAGUUGCAGCACAUUCUCUUGAGGCACCUCAAAAGUUCAUCCCCCUCCCUCUCCCCCUCCCCACCCACCUUCUUCCAACGCCACAGCGUGGGUUCGCCCAGCAGUUGCAGCACAUCCUCUCACAGCUAG